AUGUCCGCCGCCGUCGCUCCUUUUCCCCCCUUUCAUGAAGGGAAUAUAAAGAACUGGUUCCUGCAAAUGGAAGCUAUCUUUACAGUCAGAAGGAUUACUGACCAAAAGACUAAGUUUGGCCACGUGGUGGCGGUUUUGCCACCCGCCAUUGUUGAUGAGGUCUCAGACUUCCUAGAAGCCGUUCCUGAAGUAGAACCCUACGCCCGGUUAAAAGAAGCGAUCUUAAGGAGAAUGGGCCGUACGGAGGAAUCAUUAAUCCGGGAACUAUUUAGCAACCUAACUUGCGAUGGCAGGACUCCCUCCCAACUCCUUCGUUAUAUGAAAAGCCGACUCGGCAAAAAUACCAUGGCUGACUCUAUAUUAAAAAGCUUGUGGCUGGACCGUCUCCCCACCACCAUUACCCAAAUUUUGGCGUCAAUGUCCGAAAACACCUCGAUCGAUCAAUUAGCGGACGCCGCUGAUCGUAUUUUCUCGCAACUGGAUAAUCAGACAAUGCCAGUACACAGUGCUGAAGCGACUAGGGACCACAGCUCCUUGGAAAAAACAGUCGAGGAUUUGCAGCGCCAAGUUAAAGAUUUAACAUUAGCUCUAAAAAGCCAGGGUCGAAGCCGGUUCCCUUCCCGCCGGCGCUUCAGAAGUCGACCACGCUCGUCAAGUCGGAACAAGGAUGCCACUCCUACUAUGUGUUACUACCACCGACGAUUUGGGUCUGCAGCACACCACUGCACCAAGCCGUGUUCCUAUACUGCGGUCGCGGGAAAACAAAACUGCCAGCGAGUGAAAGCGACUAAUCCCGCUGGCAAGGCAUUUUCACCAAAACUUAGUCGCCUCUUCUAUGUGACGGAUACACGUAAUAAUUUACGUUUUUUGGUUGACACCGGCGCUGAGAGAGAAAAGGAGAUUGAAAUAUACAGCAUGAUCAAGAGAGAGAAAAAGAGAUUGAAAUAUACAGCAUGA